CUCUUGUCUUUGUCUCUUUCACUCUCUCUCUCUCUUUCUCACAAAAAGGUUUAAGUUCUACUGAUUAACAUGUAAAAAGAAGAAAAAGUAAAGUAGCAUACAAUUUGUGGGGUCUCCUCCUUAACUAGUAUAUAUAAAAUGCUGAGCUUAAAACCUUCCCAUUUCAGCAUUUCUUCUUCUCUCAUGUUCAACAAAUUAACCCCAGCUCAACAAUGGUGAGAAGUUUCGUUGCUUUUGUUUUCAUUUUAGUGUUUCUCUUUGGUGGGUUCUCUUCAGUUUCGGCUUCCACAACACCUGCAAGAAUUGUAAGUGGGGUUGUCACCAAUGCGGUCUCUGCUCUUGUGAAAUGGUUGUGGUCACUAAAAGCUCCUAUAAAAACUGGCAGAGCUAUUUCUAGCGGUUCAAGAAUGAAAUUUGAGGGUGGAUAUACAGUGGAGACAUUGUUUGAUGGAAGUAAGUUUGGGAUCGAGCCAUACUCAGUUGAGGUGUCACCAAGUGGAGAACUUCUUGUUUUGGAUAGUGAAAACAGUAACAUUUACAGGAUCUCAACUCCAUUGUCUACGUAUAGCAGACCCAGGCUGGUUGCCGGGUCACCUGAAGGGUACUACGGGCAUGUGGAUGGGAAACCAAGAGAGGCAAGAAUGAACCACCCGAAAGGGCUUACUGUUGAUGACAGAGGAAAUAUAUACAUUGCAGAUACAAUGAAUAUGGCUAUCAGGAAGAUUAGUGAUACAGGGGUCACAACUAUUGCAGGAGGAAAAUGGAGCCGUGGAGGAGGUCAUGUGGAUGGUCCUAGUGAAGAUGCAAAAUUUUCAGAUGAGUUUGAUUUGGUUUACGUUGGAAGUACAUGCUCUCUGUUAGUUAUAGACAGAGGAAACCAGGCAAUUCGAGAGAUACAACUCCAUUAUGAUGAUUGUUCCUAUCAUUAUGAUGGUAGUUACAAUUUAGGAAUAUUUAUGCUUGUUGCAGCUGCAUUCUUCGGUUACAUGCUAGCAUUGCUGCAGCGGAGGGUGCAAGCUAUGUUUUCUUCGCAAAAUGAUUCAAGAAACUCAUUAAAAAGAGGUCCACCAGUGGCACCCUAUCAAAGGCCUUCUAAAUCUGCCAGGUCACCCUUAAUUCCUACUGAAAAUGAUAUUGACAAAUCAGACGAUGGUUUUUUUGGUUCAAUUGGGAGACUUAUCCUCAACACUGGGUCAUCAGUAGCUGAAAUGUUUGGGGGAUUAUUUUCAGGCUUAAGGAGAAAGCCCACCACCCACUAUCAGUUCCAGCAUCAAUACCAGCAACGGCAUAUACCUUCAAAUGGAUGGCCCAUGCAAGAAAGCUUCGUCAUUCCAGAUGAAGAUGAACCGCCUUCUAUAGAAACAAGAAGCCCUACACUAAAGAAGAACUAUCCAUAUAUGACUAAAGACCUGGAGAAAAAACAUUAUACUAAGCAAUCGCGAGCUUACUUUAAUGGGUGGGAUAGCGAUUAUCAGCAUCACCAGCAACAACAACAGAUACAGAAUCACCAGCAUUUCUCACCUAAUCCACAGACUUACUAUCAGAAAAGCUGUGAGACAAAUGAGAUAGUUUUUGGGGCAGUUCAAGAACAGGAUGGACGGCGUGAAGCUGUGGUGAUAAAGUCUGUUGACUAUGGUGAUCCUACGUAUAGCCACCAUAAUAUCCGACCACGACUGAAUUACAGGGGCUAUUCAUAGUGUAUUACUACAUAUUUUAUGAAGUAGACAGCACAAGAAGAUGUUUAACUUGAUGUUUCUGCUACCAGAUGAAGAUGGGAAGCUUGGCCGCUUCUCAUUCAGAAGGAAUGUUAUGCUAGUUGUAAUAGGAAUAGGAUGGAU